AUGUCUGCCGCUGAGCUCCGGGACACCUCUCUGCUGGCGUCCGUGGAAGUGGAGCAGGGAGGCCAAGUGGAGUACCGGCUGCACAGCCUCCAGCCAGCGCGCGGCCGGGUGCGGCUGCUCGCUGACCCUGAGCGCGGGGCUCCUUCCCCAGGUGCUGUGCGCGCCCGAGGCCUGGGCGCAGGCCUGAGCUGCUCCACCUCACCCCCAGCUGACGGCCAACAUUGCAGUGUGACAGCCCAGGCGGCCGAGCCGAGUGGUGUGCACCUGGACUGCGGCGCGCCCCGGCUCAGCCGCCCGCCGGCCCCGCCACCCGGCGACCUGCAGUACAGCUUCUUCUCUUCACCCACCCUGGCCAACAGCAUCCGCAGCCCGCGGGCGCGCCCGCUGGCCAAGUCUGAGCGGCCCGGCCACCCCCUGUACGAGCCUGAGCCUGAGCCCAGGGAUAGCCCCCAGUCUGGCCGAGGCCACAGCCCCGGAGCCACUGCCACGGCCACCGGUCUGCCCCCGGAGCCUGAGCCCGACGGCCCCGAUUACUCAGAGCUGGCCGAGGCCGACAUCCUCAGCGAGCUGGCCUCCCUCACCUGCCCUGAGGCCCAGCUGCCCCUCGAGCCCCCAUCGCCUGAGCCAGAGCCUCAGCUCCUGGGCCCCCAGCCCCGCUUCCUGGACCCGCAGACGCUAGAGCCCCUCGGGGAGGGUCUGGAGCUUCCGCCCCUGCAGCCUCUGGCCGACCCUCUGGGGCUGCCGGGCCUAGCACUGCAGGCCCUAGACACUCUGCCCGACGCCCUGGAGUCCCAGCUGCUCGACCCCCAGGCCCUUGACCCUCUGCCCAAGCUGCUCGAUGUCCCGGGUCGCCGUCCCGAACCCCAGCAGCCCCUGGGGCACUGCCCACUGACCGAGACUCUGCGCCUGGACUUAUGCUCGCCCCAUGGCCCCCCUGGGCCUGAGGGUCAUCCCAAGUAUGCCCUGCGGCGCACUGACCGGCCGAAGAUCCUGUGUCGCCGUCGGAAAGCUGGACGGGGGCGCAAGGCAGAUGCUGGACCUGAGGGCCGCCUGCUGCCCCUGCCGCCUGUGGGGCUGGCGGCUGCCCUGGCCGAGCCCCCACCGCCUCCGCCACCACCCCCUCCUGCCCUGCCAGGCCCAGGGCCAGCUCCAGAGCUGGAACCCGAACCACCUCAGACCCCUGGGCUCCCCACCCGCAAAGGCAAGUGCCGGGGCGUGCGGCGCAUGGUGGUGAAGAUGGCCAAGAUCCCCGUGUCCCUGGGGCGGCGGAACAAGACCACGUACAAGGUGUCGUCCCUGAGCAGCAGCCUGAGCGUGGAGGGCAAGGAGCUGGGCCUGCGCGUGUCCGCCGAGCCCACCCCUCUGCUGAAGAUGAAGAACAACGGGCGCAACGUGGUGGUGGUCUUCCCGCCCGGCGAGAUGCCCAUCAUCCUGAAGCGGAAGCGCGGCCGCCCCCCCAAGAACCUGCUGCUCGGGUCCGGCAAGCCCAAGGAGCCCGUGGUGGUGGCAGGCGAGGCUGCCGCCCGGGGGCGGCGCCCCCCGGGCCGGAACUGCAGUUUCCAGGGGCCCGAGGCCCGUGCCUUCGCCUCCGCAGGGCUGGAGAGUGGGGCGUCGGCCCGGGGCGGCUAUUACAGCCCCGGCGCCCCUGCGGGCCAGGCCGAGCUCAGCCAGGAGCGCCAGAACCUCUUCACCGGCUACUUCCGCUCCCUGCUGGACUCCGACGACUCCUCCGACCUGCUGGACUUCGCCCUGUCGGCCUCCCGCCCCGAGUCCCGCAAGGCCUCGGGCACCUACGCGGGGCCUCCCAGCAGCACCUUGUCUGUCCAGCGGGGCCUGGCCUCUUUCCCCAGCCGGGCGGCCAAGGCCAGCCCCGUGGCGGUGGGCAGCAAUGGGGCCAGCACGGCCCCCUCGUUCCAGCCGGUCCUGCCCGCUCGCCAGGCCUUCCCAGCAGGCCGAGCAGCAGGCUACGGCAUCACGCCGGCCACCGCAGACUGCCGGGCGGAGCCCUUCCCGAAGCUGGCGCCCCCGCCGUCCGCCGUGGCCCGCUCGCCUACCGCCCACCCGCCUGCCACCACCUACCCCCCACAGUAUGGCGGCUACGGGGCAGGCCAGGGCGUGUUCUCUGCGGCCAAGCCCUUCCCGGGCCAGGACUGCACCAGCAGCAAGGACUGCAGCUUUGCCUACGGCAGCGGCAGCAGCCUGCCCGCCUCGCCCAGCAGCGCCCACAGCGCAGGGUACGCGCCGCCCCCCGGGGGACCCUGCCUGCCGCCUGGCAAGGCCUCCUUCUUCAGCAGCUCUGAGGGGACCCCCUUCUCCGGGUCUGCCCCCACGCCCCUGCGCUGUGACAGCCGGGCCAGCACUGUCUCGCCGGGCAGCUACCUGGUGCCCAAGGGUGCCGCAGCCUCCUCUUCCUCCUCCUCCUUCCAGCCUUCUCCCGAGAACUGUCGGCAGUUUGCAGGGGCGUCGCAGUGGCCUUUCCGGCAGGGCUAUGGGGGCCUGGACUGGGCCUCAGAGGCCUUCAGCCAGCUCUACAGCCCCGGCUUCGACUGCCACGUCAGCGAGCCCAACGUGAUCCUGGACAUCUCCAACUACACGCCGCAGAAGGUCAAGCAGCAAACGGCCGUGGCCGAGACCUUCUCCGAGUCGUCCUCUGACAGCACCCAGUUCAACCAGCCCGCGGGCGGCUUCCGGCGUGCCAACAGUGAGGCCUCGAGUAGCGAGGGCCAGUCCAGCUUGUCCAGCCUGGAGAAGCUGAUGAUGGACUGGAACGAGGCGUCAUCUGCCCCCGGCUACAACUGGAACCAGAGCGUCCUCUUCCAGAGCAGCGCUAAGCCGGGCCGAGGGCGGCGGAAGAAGGUGGACCUGUUCGAGGCCUCGCACCUGGGCUUCCCGACUUCGGCCUCAACCACCGCUUCAGGCUACCCGUCCAAACGCAGCACCGGGCCCCGGCAGCCGCGAGGUGGACGUGGCGGCGGAGCGUGCGCGGGCAAGAAGGAGCGCGGUGGUGCCUCGGCCAAGGCCAAGUUCAUCCCCAAGCCGCAGCCAGUGAACCCUCUGUUCCAGGACGGCCCGGACCUCGGCCUGGACUACUGCAGCGGGGACAGCAGCAUGUCACCCCUGCCGUCGCAGCCACGCGCCUUCGGCGUGGGGGAGCGGGACCCCUGUGACUUCAUGGGGCCCUACUCCAUGAACCCGUCCACACCCUCAGACGGCACCUUUGGCCAAGGCUUCCACUGCGACUCGCCCAGCCUGGGGGCUCCUGAGCUUGACAGCAAGCACUUCCCGCCGCUGGCCCACCCACCCACGGUCUUCGAUGCUGGCCUGCAGAAAGCCUACUCGCCCACCUGCUCGCCCACCCUGGGCUUCAAGGAGGAGCUGCGGCCCCCGCCCACGAAGCUGGCGGCCUGCGAGCCCCUGCGGCACGGGCUCCAGGGGGCUGGCCUGAGCCACGCGGCCGCAGCCCAGGCCCACUUGAGCUGCCGGGACUUGCCGCUGGGCCAGCCCCACUAUGACUCCCCAAGCUGCAAGGGCGCCCCGUACUGGUACCCCCCAGGCUCAGCUGCCCGCAGCCCACCCUAUGAAGGGAAGGUGAGCGCGGGGCUGCUGGCCGACUUCCUGGGCAGGACGGAGGCCUCAUGCCUCAGUGCCCCACACCUGGCCAGCCCGCCAGCCACACCCAAGGCUGACAAGGAGCCACUGGAGAUGGCCCCCCCGGCGCCCCCCCCCCCUGCCGGUUACGGCUGCCCGCUCCUCAGUGACUUGACCCUGUCCCCCGUGCCGAGGGACUCUCUGCUGCCCCUGCAGGACGCUGCCUACAGGUACCCGGGCUUCAUGCCGCAGGCCCAUCCCGGCCUGGGCGGGGGGCCCAAGAGCAGCUUCCUGGGACCCAUGGCGGAGCCGCACCCCGAGGACACGUUCACCGUCACCUCCCUGUAGUGCCAACUGAAGUGCCGGCUGGACCGCGAGGUUUUGUCCCCGGGUGAGUGUGGAGUGGGUGCAGGGCAGAGGCGGGCUGGGCAGGGGUGGAGCAGGUGCUCCAGCAGGAUGAAGGACGGCAGCCCGCGGCAGGACUGGGGCGGGCGGGGUGAGGGUGGGCGGCCUUGGGCAGAAGGUGGGUGUAGGUGGGCCAUUCGGGGUACUGGGCUUCUUGUCUGGGCUGUCAGGUUUGUCCCUAGUUCAGGUGGCCUCGAGUGCCGGCCUCCCUCCAGAGCUUCACGACCACGACCCGUCCCCUCACAGGUGACGUUUGUGUCACCCUGUGAGCCAGGUAGAGGUAGCAAGCUGGCCCACCGUCCACCCAGGGCCUGUCCAGGGAGCUGGCUCGGCUGGGCACCGCCCACCCCGGGUCAGUUCCGGAGCGCAGUCUGGCCCUGGCCAGCGUCUGUGUCCGGACACCUUGGUCACUCGCUCUGCUAGAGGUUUCCACGUGGCCCUGCGACCUCUUGGCCUGUCCCCAGGGUGCCCCAAAUGCCAGCUCUCAGCACCUUUGGCCUGAGGUCAGUGCUGCAUGGGCAGGGGGGAACGGGGCUGGGUCGUUGCUGUCCCCAAGACCCUGUGCCGGCGGGUCAACCCGGGCAAGGCGUCUGUCCCCUAGUCCAUGUGACUGAGCACCCAGUGGGGCCAGGCCAUUGGGCAUGCCUGUGGUUCGGUGCCGUGGGCUGGGGGUUGCAGUCCCACAUGGCCAACAGCCGUUAGAGUCCUGGUCCCGGCAGCUUGAAAAAC